UAUCGUUCUAUAUAUCGUGCGACCCACACACAACGUGCGGAUGCACAUAUUUUCUCUCGCUCUCUUUCUCUUUCUUUCACAGACAUGAGCGAGUUCGUGAUCGUGUCUCGCCUCGUCGUCCAAGCCUUUUCGGCUUUCGUGGGAGCAUGAUUUGUGAUUAAUUUUAAAGUACUAUAUCGACCGACCGAUAAUUGAUUGAAAUCGAUUCAGUGCCAGCUGGAGCUAAAAAAAAGCUCGCUCGAAAAAAAAAGUAGAGAAGAAAACAUACUGUAUAGUGAGUGAGUAAUCGCUUGCGCGUGAGUGCGGGCGAUAAUCUUAGAUGGAUGUCGCUGAAUCGGCCCCGGUAUCCAGCGGCUACCGCCGUAGUGGCCAAACUGCUGCUCUUGCCACUGCCAUUGUUGCUGCUCAUCGACAUAUCCUAUUGCGCUACCGGUGUCGCAGGACGUCAAAGAAGUUUUCAAUACACUGGAAACAUACCUAAACAUCAUGUGGCUCAUGAAGUACUUCCAGGAGACGAGCAAGAUUCGUCGCUGCCCAUACUGGCCGAGCCGAUACAGAACGUCACGAUGAGCGUCGGCAGGGACGCGCUGUUGGCCUGCGUCGUUGACAAUCUGCGCAAUUACAAGGUGGCCUGGGUGCGAGUCGACACGCAAACGAUCCUCUCGAUACACCACAACGUGAUCACGCAGAACUCGCGCAUAUCCCUGUCGUACACGGACCACCGCACCUGGUACCUGCACAUCAAGAACGUGCAGGAGGUCGAUCGUGGCUGGUACAUGUGCCAGGUCAAUACCGAUCCCAUGAGGAGUCGCCAGGGAUACCUGCAGGUCGUCGUUCCACCGUCUUUCGUAACGAAGGAAACAAGCACGGACAUGGUAGUGCGCGAGGCCUCCAAUGUGACCCUCACCUGCAAAGCGACUGGAUACCCGGAGCCCUACGUCAUGUGGCAGCGCGAGGACGGAAAAAACAUUCACUACAACGGCGAGAGCGUUAACGCAGUUAAUGGCGAAGUGCUACACAUUACGAAAAUUAGUCGACUACACAUGGGAGCUUAUUUGUGCAUAGCUGCCAAUGGCGUGCCACCAAAAGUCAGCACCAGAGUAAUUUUGAAAGUACAGUUUCCACCAAUGUUAUCAAUACCAAAUCAAUUGGAAGGAGCUUACAUUGGACAGGACGUAGUGCUUGAAUGUCACAGUGAAGCUUAUCCCGACUCAAUAAAUUAUUGGACUACUGAACACGGUGACAUGAUAGUCUCUGGAAAUUAUCGUGCGGUUGUAGGCGAUAAAUAUGAAGCGGUGUGCACCAAAAAUGGAUAUAAUCAGUAUAUGAAAUUGAAAAUUCGUAAUGUUGGUCCAAAGGAUUUCGGCACGUACAAAUGCGUGGCACAAAAUUCUCUUGGUGGUACAGAUGGAGUCAUUAAGCUGGAUGAAAUACCAGCUCCAUCGACAACGACAGUAAAUCCAAAUCAUGGAAACGCCAGAAAGGGCGGUAAAAACGGCAAUCGGAAGCACAAUCGACCGAAUGAUUACGAAGUCGAGGAGUGGCGCAACCCAGACUACAAACGUGAGCACGGUCUAACGGACGACGACGAGGAAAACGACGAGGAUGACUCCGAGCAGCCAUCGUCAGGUGCUCUGAGCAUAGCGGCGAGCUCGUCGGGACCCGAACUGCUGGGCUCACUAUUGUUGCUGCUGCUGUUGCGUCUGAUCGAGCCAAGUGUCUACUGCAGAUGAUGAUGAGCAGCGAUUGUUGAGUUGUUAUUCCGUCGAGGCCAAAAUUGCAUCAUUCUCCGAGCGGUGAGACACUCAGUGUAUAAAAAAAAUUAAUAAAUGUGUGCGUGAAAGUGAGGAGCGCGUUAAAUUUAUUUUCAUACCCAGGGUGCGAGAGAGUAUAUAGUGUAUCAAACGCAGACAGUAUUUAUAUAACAAUAGUUACGUUGAAAAAUAUUUAAUGCUCUCGUAAUAUGUGAUAACGACACAAAAAAAUGCUAAAUGAAUGAAAUAUAAUUAAGGUAAACGAAUAACGUGUACGAACAUGAUUAUUUCAUCGACGGUAAAAAUAUUAUGAAUGAAAUUAAUAUAUGAACAUAUAGAGAUGCUUUAACGUUGUUUUCGUGUGAUGGUUAUACGUUCAUAUAUAAUUAAGCGGAUGAAUGUGAAAUGUAUUUUGUAGGCCAACUUUUAUUGAAAACCAAAUAUAAAUAUAUAUUACGAUAACGAUAUAUAUAACUGGAAAACCUUGAUGGUAAGACGGUAGUCGAUGUACAAUACAUUAAAGUUAGCUUGGAAUUUACAUUGCUCGAUCGGCGAAAUAUGUUAAUUUCGUUAAUUUUACUCGUGUGUUGAGGAGUGAUCGUAAUUUGUUGAAUUUAGAAUGAACAAUCGCACGUGAAUAUGUUAUGUAAGUUUAUAAAUACCAUUAUUUCCGUUCGUUCUACUCGCGCAAGUAAAUUAUUUAGCAGUAACAUGCCACAAGAAGAUUUUUGGUGCAACAAAAGUUAUUUUCAUUCAUUUUAAGAACUUGAUAAACCGUUAUUAAUAUGAUUCAUUAUAAUUUUUACAUUUUCGUUACAUACAAACGCACAAACUUUCCAUUUUACGAAAAUAUAUGGUUCUAAAAUAUUACAAUACUUGACUUUGGUGAAAUCCAACUACAUUAUGAGAAAACUAAUUAAUAUGAUUUUAUUUUACUUAUGCGGUGGAAAAUAAAUAAACGUAGAUUGGAAUAAUUUCGAUGUAGCUAAUGACUAAAUGAUAGAGACACUGGAUGUAUUCAUUGUUGGAUGUGCCGAAAAGAAAUAUUGAUCGUUCUCAAAACAAUAACC